AUGACCGUUCUACCCUCCGACAAAUUCGCUACCAAAGCCAUUCAUGCCGGUGCACACACCGAUGUGCACGGAUCGGUGAUCGAGCCCAUCUCUCUGUCGACCACAUUCAAACAGCAUGCUCCAGCACAGCCCGUAGGCCAGUACGAAUAUUCGCGGUCCCAAAACCCUAACCGUAAAAACCUGGAAGACGCCGUGGCAGCAUUGGAAAAUGCCAAGUUCGGGCUAGCGUUUUCGUCGGGCUCGGCGACCACAGCCGUCAUUCUGCAGUCGUUGCCCCAGGGCUCGCAUGCCGUGUCGAUUGGCGACGUCUACGGUGGUACUCACCGUUAUUUUACCAAAGUGGCCAACGCACACGGCGUGGAAACCACUUUCACCAACGACCUGGUCCAAGAGCUGCCCAAGCUCGUCAAGGACAACACCAAACUGGUGUGGAUCGAGUCUCCUACCAACCCUACUCUCAAGGUCACCGACAUUGCUUUGGUGAGCGAGACUGUGCGUAAGAUCAACCCAGAGAUCCUGCUGGUCGUCGACAACACCUUUUUGUCGCCUUACCUGUCUAACCCACUAAACUUCGGCGCAGAUAUCGUGGUGCACUCCGCGACCAAGUACAUCAACGGCCACUCCGAUGUCGUGAUGGGUGUUUUGGCCACCAACAACGAGUCUCUGCACCAGAAACUGCAAUUUUUGCAGAACGCUAUUGGUGCCAUCCCAUCGCCAUUCGACGCCUGGUUGGCCCACAGAGGUCUGAAGACGCUGCAUCUGCGUGUCAGACAGGCCUCGCAGUCUGCGACCAAGAUCGCCCAGUUCUUGGCCGAGAGCAGCGCUGUUGAGUCCGUCAACUACCCAGGUCUGCCAACCCACCCCAACUACGACGUCGUCAAGAAACAGCACCGCGACGCCUUGGGUGGAGGUAUGAUUUCUUUCAGAAUCAAAGGCGGUGCUGAGGCCGCUGCCAAGUUCUCGUCUACCACCCGACUAUUCACACUUGCUGAGUCUCUUGGUGGUAUCGAGUCCCUAUUGGAAGUGCCCGCCGUGAUGACCCAUGGUGGCAUUCCUAAGGACCAGAGAGAGGCCAGUGGUGUGUUUGACAACCUGAUCAGAUUGUCCGUUGGUAUUGAAGACACUGACGAUCUGCUCGAUGACAUCAAAGCUGCUCUUGAGAAGACCGUGAACUAA